UCUUCUUCUUCUCGGCGUGCGGCGACGCGGGGAGGAGCUGCGGCGCAGAGGGAUCGACGGGGGAGAGGGGGAUGAUGGCGGCGGACGUGAGCUCGGUCGCGAGGCUGCUGCGCGGGGAGGCCGGGAAGAGGGGCGGCGCGGCGGCGGAGGUGGUGACGAUGGAUCUGCUCGGCGGGUGCGGCGGGGACGCCGGUGGGGGAGGGGGGAGCAGAGGCGGCGGCGGCGGCGGGGAGGACGAGGUGGUCGACCUCGAGGUGAAGGUGCCCGCCGGGUGGGAGAGGCGGCUUGACCUCAUGUCCGGCAAGACGUUUCUGACCCCUCGGCUCCAGGGCGUCCAAGUCGGCCACCAAGACCUCAACCUGCCCCCGCCGGCGUCCGCCGCCGCCGCCGCCGCGGCAGCCACGUCGACGUCGGCCGCGGUCUGCACGCUCGACAUGGUCCGCUCCGCGCUCGAGCGCGCCACGGCCGGGAGGGCGGCAGCGGCGGCCGCCGCCGGUGCCUCCCCGGCCACGUCGUCGUCCUCGUCCGCGUCCACCUCCUCGUCCUCUUCCUCCGUGGGCAAGCGCCACCGCUCGCCGCCCGCCGGCACGGCGACGCCCGCGAGCCCGUCCAUGCGGGCGGCCGCCUGCCCGUCCUGCCUCACCUACGUGCUGAUCGCCGAGGCCGACCCCCGGUGCCCGCGUUGCGCCGGCAACGUCCCGCCGCUCGCCGGAAAGCCCCGGGAUGCCGCCGCCGCCGGCGACGGCAGCGGGAAGAAGCCCAAGAUUGACUUGAAUGCGGCGGCGGAUGACACCGAGUGAAUGCAGAAGAAAUUGGAAAGAAGAAAAAUAUUUUUUUCAGUUAACUUUUCUUUUUUUAGUGAUACAAAAAUCAUUCUGAUAAGUUCACUUAUUCAGAUCAGUCGUUUAGGCCUAUAUACCUCCUCAAAAAACUUAUAGAUAUUACUAUGAUCGUAGGAUCAAAUCAGCUGGGCAAAUAUAUAGAAGCCCAACCUCUGUUAAUCUCUUUGUUCCUUAUUUGUUGGUUUUUCUUCAAAUUUUAGAUGUACAAAGUAAUUAGUUCAAACAUUCCUUUUUGUCAAUUUUGUUCCUUGUAUAUCUUCUUUCUUUUGAUGUACUAAUCAAAUCUUAUAUUUACUUAGAGAAUGGUCAUUAUCUUAACAGUACAUUUUUCUCCUUUUUCUUGACCUAUCAUUUUGGAC